UAACAGUGAAAUCCAGUGUCACCUGUCUGAUUGUCUGAAACUGUUGACCAGAUUGAGUGCAGAGGGCCUGGGGAUCGAAUUUUCCUGGCAGACUCUCUCCUGGAGUUCAAUAGCUAUACAGGCCUGGCUGAAACCAGAGCCAACUGAUUCUACAAUCAGAUGAACCAAGGAGGAGGCAGAGGGCAGACAUCAGACCUGCUCCUGCGCGCCCUGGCGGCGCUGGGCGAAACGUGCUGUGCUCUCCUAGCUGAGUCCGGAGGCUGAUCCCGGUGUCGUGGCUCCCACCGCAGGCAUCCGCGGACUCUGCCAGGGCAGGCACCGGGCGCUCCGGGGUCGAAGGCGGGGCCUCUGUCUUCUAGUCCAUCAACGCUUCCAAGUUGUCCCUCGCCGGCUUGUCUACCUGUCCGCCUCCACGACGAAGGCAAAAGAACCAGAGAAAAGCCAGCAACAGAUGUGGAAAGCGCCCUUGGGCAGUAUCCUGGCGCUGAGACCUCAAGUCUGGCGAAGGGGUUGCAGUCCGAGGGCAGUGCGCGGAGAGUCAGCGAGCAGCGGGAUCCGCGAUGAUGCCCUUGUGGGCUCUGUGGCUGGCCUGGGCUCUGCUAGGAGUGGCCGGAGCGUGCCCAGAGCCAUGCGCCUGCGUGGACAAGUACGCGCACCAGUUUGCCGACUGCGCGUACAAGGAGUUGCGCGAGGUGCCGGAAGGACUGCCGGCCAAUGUGACCACACUUAGUCUGUCGGCCAACAAGAUCACCGUGCUGCGGCGUGGGGCCUUCGCCGACGUCACGCAGGUCACGUCGCUGUGGCUGGCGCACAAUGAGGUGCGCACCGUGGAGCCGGGCGCCCUAGCGGUGCUGAGCCAGCUCAAGAACCUCGAUCUGAGCCACAACCUCAUAUCCAGCUUUCCGUGGAGUGACCUUCGUAACCUGAGCGCGCUGCAGCUGCUCAAAAUGAACCAUAAUCGUUUGGGCUCGCUGCCCCGGGACGCACUCGGUGCGCUGCCCGACCUGCGCUCCCUGCGUAUCAACAACAACCGCCUGCGCACGCUGGCUCCUGGCACCUUCGACGCGUUAAGCGCGCUGUCACAUCUGCAACUCUAUCACAACCCCUUCCACUGCGGUUGCAGCCUUGUGUGGCUGCAGGCCUGGGCCGCAAGCACCAGGGUCUCCUUACCGGAGCCCGACUCCAUCGCGUGCGCCUCGCCGCCCGCGCUGCAGGGGGUGCCGGUGCACCGCCUGCCUGCCCUGUCCUGUGUACCACCCAGCGUGCGUCUGAGUGCUGAGCCGCCGCCUGAGGCUCCGGGCAGCCCCUGGCCCGCCGGCCUGGCUCUCAGGCUACACUGCGUCGCCGAAGGACACCCCACACCCCGCCUGCAAUGGCGACUUCAGAUCCCUGGCGGCACCAUAGUCUUAGAGCCUCCCGUCCUGAGCGGGGAGGACAACGGGGAUGGAGCGGAAGACGGAGAGGAGGAAGGAGAUGGGACCGGGCCCACGCAGACGGAGGCCCCAACCCCGACUCCAGCACCCGCUUGGCCCGCGCCCCCAGCCAACCCGCGCUUCCUGGCCCUCACAAACGGUUCCCUGUUGGUGCCCCUCCUGAGUGCCAAGGAAGCAGGUGUCUACACCUGCCGUGCCCACAAUGAGCUGGGCGCCAACUCCACGUCACUGCGCGUGGCAGUGGCGGCCGCUGGGCCCCCAAAGCACGCUCCUGGCGCUGGCGGAGACUCUGAAGGGCAGGUCCCUACUUCUGAGCGCAAGUUCACAGCCAAAGGCCGGGGCAACAGCGUUCUACCCUCCAAGCCCGAGGGCAAAAUCAAAGGCCAAGGCCUGGCCCGGGUGAGCGCCCUCGGGGAGACGGAAGCGGGGCCGGAGGAGGAGGAGGAGGCAGGUGAGGGAGAGGAAGCAGAAGACCAGGUGUCUGCGGAUCCGGUGAAGGAGCAACACUGUGGCCACGGGGACCCGUCGCGGUACGUGUCCAACCACGCCUUCAACCAGAGCGCAGAGCUCAAACAGCACGUCUUUGAGCUGGGUGUCAUCGCGCUGGACGUGGCGGAGCGCGAGGCUCGGGUGCAGCUGACGCCGCUGGCGGCGCGCUGGGGAUCCGGGCCCGGCGGGGCGGCUGGAGCCGGGCGGCCGGGGCGGCGGCCGCUGCGCCUGCUCUAUCUGUGCCCUGCGGGGGGUGGCGCAGCGGUGCAGUGGUCACGCGUGGAAGAGGGCGUCAACGCCUAUUGGUUCCGCGGCCUGAGGCCCGGCACUAACUACUCAGUGUGCCUGGCGCUGGCAGGUGAGGCCUGCCACGUGCAAGUGGUGUUUGCCACCAAGAAGGAAUUGCCCUCGCUGCUGGUUAUCGUGGCGGUGAGCGUGUUCCUCCUGGUGCUGGCCACCGUGCCCCUGCUGGGCGCCGCCUGCUGCCAUCUUUUGGCCAAACACCCAGGUAAGCCUUAUCGUCUUAUACUGCGGCCACAGGCCCCUGACCCCAUGGAGAAACGCAUCGCCGCCGACUUCGACCCGCGUGCCUCCUACCUCGAGUCCGAGAAAAGCUACCCGGCAGGCGGCGAGGCAGACGUCGUGGAGCCAGAGGAGGCUCCCGGGGAGGGCCUCGACGAAGACGCGGAGCAGGGGGACCCAGGGAAAUCCACGCCUCUCCAUUCCCACCGUAAUUGUUAUCUGCGAAAUCUGCUCUGCAACCUGCCCCACCGUGGGCUCUGGAACCAGAGGAAACGGAGGAGACGUUGGAAAUAUCUGGUGGUAACGCUGUGGCCCGGGGUCAGCCCGGGACCCGGAGCAGCUGUCCCUUGCGUGGAGCGCUGUAGGGUCCCGCCUGGACCCCUACUCCAUCCUUUCUGGGGUGCACGUCCCAGAAGCCAGGACUCGGUGGCAACUCCCUAGUUUUAGUUUCAAAGUCCCCUUCCGAGUGGGAAACAAACCCUUCUGUCCCCCCACCCCCAAUCCGCUUCUGAUCAGCUGGAGCCAAGCCCGGUGCCUGGGGCGCCUUUCAGCUCCGCGCUCCGAUUUUCAUAUUUUCGCGGGGUUUGGGGAGGUUUUGUUUUGUUUUGUUUUUUCUUUUUCUUUUUCAAAGACAGCGAUACUCCGUGUCUGGUUCUAACACCCCCUUCCAGGCUCUGGGAAAACUGGAUGUGUGUGAGGGGGUAGGGCGUUUUCUCUCUCCCUCUUUUCUAACUUAAAGCGCCGCGGAACCGCGCUCCGUUUUAACGCGGAGAGCGUGGCCUUGGUCCUGGGUGAGUUUCGCUGUGGGUGACUUGGGGUUUCCGGAGUUCGAAGCACUCCACAGCUCCGCUUCCGCUGCUGCACGUGGCCCAGACCUGCGUUCGAGGUGCGCGGGGGAGGGGGGAGCAAAGGAAGCCAACCCGGGUCUCCCCGGGCCGCGUCUCGCGUAAGGGCUUGCGCCCUGGUUCGCACAAAAGCCUUCGCGUGCCGGUGCCGCGGGAUCCGGAUGGAGAAAAGCGCCUCGGUCCUCGCGUCUCUCCGCCCCGCCCCUCCUUCCACGAGAACAGUAUUUGCCUGGCGUGUAGUCCUAGACGAGCGUGCUCUGUAGGAGAAGUCUGUGUUCUGUAAAGUGUGACUGUGUAGUGUAGGGGGGCGGGCGGGCA